AUGGCGCCGCCCCCGGAGAUUGCCAUUCCAUCCACGAGCAUCUCGGACGAGGGCUCAGGGAAGCCAUAUACACUAUACAACAUCACUCUGCGGCUGCCGCUGCGGUCGUACGUCGUGCAGAAGCGCUACUCGGACUUUAACAACCUGCACCAGGCGCUGCUCCAACAAGCCGGCGCGGAGCCGCCUCAGCCGUUGCCAAAGAAGUACUGGCUCAAGUCGACAGUCAAAUCGCCGGACCUGACCCGCGAUCGCCAAGUCGGCCUCGAGCGCUACCUCAAGGCGAUUGCGGAGGCGCCCGAGCGGCAGUGGCGCGAUACCUCGGCGUGGCGGGCAUUCCUCAACCUUCCCAACUCCAGCACCACAAAUUCAGCCGCCUCAGCGGGCGGACGGGCGGCCAACGUCGCUUCCGGUGCCGCCGACCCUGCGGCGUGGCUCGAGCUACACAAGGAGCUCAAGCAGCACCUUCACGAUGCGCGGAUCGCGCUGUCGAAACGAGACGGCGCCGCGGACAGUGGCAACAUGACGGCGGUGGCCGAGGCCGCGGCGUCCGCCCGCAAGUCGAUCGUCCGCGGCGGCACGCUGAUUGUGCGCCUUGCAGAAGGCCUCAGGAAACUGCAGGAAUCGGGCCGCAUCGGCGACGGUGAGCUGCGGCGCAGGCGCGAUCUCGUGUCAACGGCCAAGAUGGAGCGGGAAGGCCUCGACAAGCUGGCGAAUAGCAUGCCAACCAGCGCUGGCAACAGCAGCAGCGGCGCGCGCGGCGGAGGCGGCCUGGCCGCGUCAUCCCCAGAAAAGGCGAAGCUGCUCAACGGCGCGCGCCCCGGUGGCCGUCGCCUCGGCGGCGGCGCCCCGGCCUCGGAGACAGACAAGACGCGUGAGCUGGACAACCAGGGCGUAUUGCUGCUGCAGAAGCAGGAGAUGGAGACGCAGGAUCUGCAGCUCGACCAGUUGACGGCCAUUAUUCGGCGGCAAAAGGAGAUGGGCCUGCAGAUCAACGAGGAGGUGGAGCGACAGACGCAGAUGCUCGACGUGCUCGACGAGGACGAGGCGCGCGUUCGCGGCAAGCUGGGUGUCGCCAACAAGCGUAUUCAGAAGAUGUGA